CAGCCUUACUUACCACACCAGGUCGGAUAUCAGCUCCUAUCUGUGUAGUGAAAAGUGUCACUGUUUUUUUUAUAAACAUGUUCUCUUAAUUUAAUGUCGGUAAAUAAAACCAUAGAUUAUAUAAUUGACCGAGUUUGGAAAAUUUAUAAGUUUUGAGUUAAUAGAUAUGUUUAAAUUUUCAUAUUUAAAUUAAUGGUUAUUAGACAAACAAGUGAUUUAAAAAAAGGGCAUUCAGAAAAGUUUAUACUAGAAAGCUUUGAAAUUAUUGUUGAAUUCAAAUUUACUAAACCAAUUUAGUGACUGAGCAACACAAUGUAUCGAAGAAAUAGUUUUCGAUAUGGCUACGCUCUACAUGAACCAAUUACGCGAAAUGUUUGAACAAAUUAAGUGCAAUAAUAGUAAAAAAUUAGUGAGUGAAUUAGUACUGUAGAAAAAUGUUGCCAUAUCAGGUUGCCAUGGACUAUGGAGGCUUUCAGCGACAAAGUUCAGUAGGGGUCGGAGUUGGUACACCACAUCAGAGCCCAACUGGUACCCUCAACAUCAACCCCGCAUUCACCCACUCUUGGUUCGUACCGGCGGACCUCUGUGUCCCGUACAAACAGAAUCAGGGUCCUCUCCUCGAGCCAGGUUUGUUGGAGAUGCGAAAAGAAAAAAGUCGAGAUGCAGCUCGAUCAAGGCGCGGAAAAGAAAACUUCGAAUUUUAUGAAUUAGCAAAAAUGCUCCCUCUGCCAGCUGCGAUUACUUCACAAUUGGACAAAGCUUCUAUCAUAAGGCUGACCAUUUCUUAUCUUAAAUUAAGAGAAUUCUCAAUGCAUGGAGAGCCACCUUGGAACAGAGAUGCACCUCAACCUAACAAAAUUGUUAAAAGUACUAAAAGAGCAAGAUUAUCAUCGACACCCUUUGCUGAAGAUAUGUUUGAACAACACCAAGGGACACAUAUUCUGCAGUCACUGGAUGGAUUCGCAAUGGCCGUGGCUGCGGAUGGACGAUUUUUGUAUAUUUCUGAAACUGUAUCUAUAUAUCUAGGUUUAUCACAAGUUGAAAUGACUGGUUCAAGUGUAUUCGACUACGUUCAUCAACAGGAUCAUGCUGAAGUUGCUGAACAGCUUGGUCUAGGCUUAACAUCUACAAGUUCUACAUCAGCUCCUCACUCGUCGAAUUCAGGAUUGGCGUCGCCUAGUAGUGCUGUGUCGGAAGACCAUAGUACAAAUUCUACUGCCAAUCCCGAUGUUUCGUCAGUUAUGGCGUUAACCUCGACAGGAUUGUAUAAAGGCUAUGAUAGGGCAUUUUGCAUUAGAAUGAAAUCAACGCUCACAAAAAGAGGGUGUCAUUUCAAAUCCUCUGGAUAUCGAGUCGUUUUAUUAUUGUGCCGCUUGAGGCCGCAAUACCCUUUUCAUCCAACCAGAAAAUCGACACCAACACUAAUGGGCAUGGUUGGACUAGCAAUCGCUUUACCCCCACCAAGUGUUCAUGAGAUAAGACUGGAAGCUGACAUGUUCGUAACUAGAAUAAAUUUUGAUUUCCGGAUAGCACACUGCGAACCUAAAGUGUCAGAGUUACUAGAUUAUACGGCGGAGGAGUUAACAGGAAGGAGCAUGUAUGGUUUAUGUCAUGGUGAAGACGUACAUCGGCUCCGCAAAUCUCACCUUGAUCUUAUUAAUAAGGGACAAGUCUUGACACACUAUUAUAGAUUGAUGAAUAAAAAAGGUGGAUAUACUUGGCUCCAGACAUGCGCAACCGUCGUUUGUAAUUCAAAAAACGCUGAAGAGCAAAAUGUUAUAUGUGUUAACUAUGUUAUCAGUGGUCGAGAAUAUGAAAAUUUAAUAAUGGACUGCUGUCAACUUGAAGACAAUGUCUCUGGUGUCAAAAGGGAGGAUGCGACCGGUAAUGACCCAGAAAAUGGAUCUCCUGAUGCUGAUAAAGGAGCUGGCCAAAGUAGCGGAGAUUCAGCGAAUCAGCAUUCCGAUAAUCCAAACCAAUCUUCUCCAGCAGAACGCGAAGAUAGUCGGACAUCUGAAGGUGAUUCUCAAGGUGAUCAUCAUGAAGACAAAUUGUCGCAAUUACCACAAGAACAACCAGCAAGUAUCACAAAUAUUGAUAAUUUAUCAGUAAAGUCAUUCACCCGGAAAAAACGGAAAUUUUCUCAUGAAGAUGACAGUUCAUCCGGUGAAGACGAUGACAUUAAGGAGCCCGGAAAAACACCGCGAAACCAUGUCUUGAGUCCAGCAUCGUCGAAUCAUUCUUUACAUGCCAAUGAUCAAGUCCUAAGGUCUUCAAGUCCCAAAGUUCAAAGACUAGAAACUCCGGAUGUUCCUGAUGUUUCAGCUGGAGCUUCGGUGAAAGACUUAGAACAAGCUAUGUCGAAGCAUUUACCUGAUGCGUCUUUGAGUAAAUCCGAUUCUCCUGCUACUAAUCAACCAACUGAUUUCAGUGCAGAUACACUUUUGAAACAACAACAGCAAAGAUCAACAAUUCAAUGGAUUGGUGUUCAUCACUUAGGUCAUUUGAGUCCCCAGCAAACAAGCACAUCAUCUUUACCUGCAUCAGCCCUUCUCCGCCAAUUGUAUGCUAACCGAGAAAGUGUUAUUCGUGCUAACGUUCAUGGUAUCACUUCAAGUUCGAGUAGAAUAUCUUCUACUACUGCUUAUUAUACAGGAGAAGUUAACCAAGGUCCACUUUCUACAACUCCCAGUUCAGAAGGAUCAUCAGCUUAUGGAGAAAAUCAGUUUGUACUCGGUCACAGUCAGAAACCUUCUACAGCGACAGAGGCAUUUACUAGUAUGGUGUCAUCGUAUUCAACUGCUGGUGGUUAUGGAAUAGAAUAUAACUCAGCAAUAACACCACCAUCUUCAGUGUCGCCUAGAGAUAAACAACAACAACAACAACAGCAACAACAACAACAGCAUCAACAGCAGCAGCAGCAACAACAACAACAGCAGCAGCAGCAACAACAGCAGCAGCAGCAACAACAACAGCAGCAACAGCAACAACAACAACAGCAGCAGCAGCAACAGCAACAACAACAACAACAUAUUUCGAGUGUUGCCAAUUAUGAAACUCCUAUUUAUGGUGACACUGUAUUACGGCAUCAAUUUGAACCUGCGCAACCCCUUCCGCUGAAACCACAAGUUUAUGCCGCAAGUGCCCAUCCAAGUGCACUAGAUGCAGCGGCUGUUUAUGCAUCUGCCAGUCUUAGUGAACAAUCGCAAUUUUAUCAUCAUCAUGCUGCCGGACCCGGUUUUCAUUUGUAUCAUCCUAACACUAAAAGUAAUACAAGUAGCUGGUACAGCUCGACAACCUAAUAUCUAGAAAAUUAAUUUAUGAAACGUAAUUAAAUUAGUAGAAGCGAACCCAAAGUCUGUCGAUUAAAUGGAAUAAAUAUUCUUAAGUGCAUAUCAACGACUGACUUUAUUUGCUACAUAUUUUAUGUGUAUUAUUAGUUAUUUUUUGAGGUGCGGAUAAUGUUGAAAAUGUGAGAAUGUUAUUGUAAAUGACUGUCUGAAAAGUCAUUAUAACGUAAUCUUUCAAAAAAUAAGCUUUCAAAAAUGAUACGGUUAAAUCAAAAUUAGUUAUUUUAAUUAUGAUUGUAAAGCAUUCCGAUGAAAAAUCAUCAUCAUUCAUCGUGAAAAAAAAAAGUUAUCAAAUUCAUUAUAAUGACUUUCAGAGUGUUAUUUUACUAUUCAAAAAAAUGAUGCAACAACAUUGCAAUUAGCCAAAAAUGAUUAUUAUGAUAUAUUUGUAAAAUAAAAUCACCUUCAUUAUAAAGACUCAUCGAAUUUUUAAAUAAAUAAUUUCCUGUUUUAAAUUUUAUCUUAUGUUAAAAAAAUUUAGUUAAAUAAAGCUUCAAUGACUACUCCAGAACCAUCAUCAUUGCAGCAAAUUCAUUGUUUUGGUUUGUAAACAUAUUUUCAUGUAAUUUUUAGCAUACCAUCUAUAUGAAAAAAAUAUAUAUCCGGGACAUAUUUGGGCAAAUGUUAAUAUAUGUUUCAUGUAUGAAACAAAUAUUCAAUUUUUCUCGGAAAUACAUUUUUUUCAUGUAAACAGUAUGACUCUUCAUUAUACUGCAAUAAUCUGUAUGAAUAAUAUCGUAUAGACUAUUAAUUUUGGCUGUUAAAUUAUUAGUAGAAAAAUUAAAUAAUUUAAUAUAUAGUUGAUAUAUUAUUAGUGUUCUAAGUCGAAAAAUCAAAUCUUAAGGAAUAUAUAGUCGUCCAAUAGAAAGUUUAGGAUUUUGCCCUACCACAAUUAAUUUUCUACCGCCAUAUUUGAAUUUGCGCAUGCGCAGAAUAUCAUUUUCAGAAUAUUAUAAUAAAGGAGGAAAAAAUAAUGGUGGGGAGGAAUCCUAAGCUUUCUCUGGUGUAACUAUACAACCUAAAUCAGUCUACAUCAGCGUACAUUAACGAUUCGAGUUUGUUUUUUUGGUUUUUGUUUAUUUUUUCAAUAAGAACAAACUAGAACCAUCAACGUAAGCCCAUGUAAAAUAUUUUAGACUUAAUUUUACGACUUGAAAAUAAAUAUGUUCUAAUCAUCUGAAAUUACUAACAUCCGAAAAGGACGAGGAUUCAAGUACUGUAUUUCCAUUAAAAUAAUUAACUUGAAAAAUAAUUAGAGUCACAUGGGAUAAGUGUGCGCUGAGAGUAAGUGUGGGCAAACUUAUUCAUUUUAGACUGAAAUGCAUAGGUUUGCAUUCACUUACCCACUGCGCACACUUGCCUUACAUUUGGCUCUAAAUGAUGCUGGAUAUUUUCAUUCGAGCUAAAUUUUACUUCAUCUAUUUUUUGUAUAAAUUUUCUUCAAUAAUUGUAAUAAAAAGCCAAUGGUAAAAAUUA